CUGAGACGCCGUAGUCUUGUAGCGCCGAGUCAGUAUGAUGGAAUUAUUACUAGAAACGAAGCUAACCAAAUGGCUUGGUGUAUUUAUGCUGUUCAAGUUGUGCCUAGCAAUAUUUCCAACAAUUAUUCGGAAAAUAUAUUUCCUUUUAAUAACUGCACACAGAGUUGAUAUAAGGAACUUCGGUGAGUGGGCAGUGGUGACUGGAUGUACUGAUGGUUUAGGAAAAGCAUUUGCUAACGAAUUAGCAAAAAGAGGACUUAAUAUCAUUCUUAUUAGCAGAAAUGAAGAGAAGCUUAAAAAUACAGCUGACAAAAUAGAAGAAGAACAUAGAGUUAAAACAUUGUGCAUUCAAGCAGACUUUAAGAAGAGAGACUGCUACAGCAACAUAAAAAAGGAACUUAUUGGAAGGGACAUUGGUAUUUUAGUGAACAACGUAGGGAUGGCUAGAACAACUCCAGGGGAAUAUAGUACAGUUGAUGAAGAUUUUAUUUGGAACGAAAUUGAUGUCAACUGCGGUACUACAUGUAUUAUGACGAGAAUCCUAUUACCAUUAAUGAUACCAAAAAGGAAAGGCAUAAUUGUAAAUAUAAGUUCGAUUUCUGCAGAAAUGGGUUCCCCUAGCAUGGGAAUAUAUGGACCCAGCAAGUGCUUCAUAAAUAUGUUUUCAAGUUGUUUGCGAAAAGAAGUAGAAUGUUACAAUGUAAAAGUCAAAUGCAUGACUCCAGGAUUUAUUAAAACUAACAUGUCAAAAUUAUCGCAUUCAUUCUUCGAAAAAUUCCCAAUACUUGCAAAAAUAAUAUUUCCUGAUGCCAAAUCUUAUGUAAAAAGUGCAAUUGAGUCGUUUUAUGAAGAUGAUCUUAUGGCGACAGGAUAUUGGGGGCAUACGUUGAUGGGACUAUUGUUCAUAUGGAUGCCUUUGAAACUGAGGAUGCACACAACGUACCUCUUUGUAAAGAUACUGAAUUAUUAUUCUACAAAACAAAAAUUACAAUAAAAAAUAUUUAUAUUUAUAAUACACAUUCGCAUCUCACGCGAGCGCGCACAAAGAGAGAGGAUGAAUUAUAAAGUUUGUAUAUAAAAAAGUUUUGUUUAUUCUCAAUUGACUUCCCAUUUAAUAUAUAAACUACAG